GACACACACCCCGGCUUCAGGCGCCCCGCAGCCCGCUGUGACAGUGGACCUACCGUCGCCUUACUUUGUGGACAUGGGAGACAUGGGGGACCCGCCGAAAAAGAAGCGGCUUGUGUCUCUGUGCGUGGGCUGCGGGAACCAGAUCCACGACCAGUACAUCCUGCGGGUGUCCCCGGACCUGGAGUGGCACGCCGCCUGCCUCAAAUGUGCCGAAUGCAGCCAGUACCUGGACGAGUCGUGCACGUGCUUCGUCCGGGACGGAAAGACUUACUGUAAACGGGACUAUAUCAGGUUAUACGGGAUCAAAUGCGCCAAAUGCAACAUCGGCUUCAGCAAGAACGACUUCGUGAUGCGGGCCCGCUCCAAGGUUUACCACAUCGAGUGUUUCCGCUGCGUGGCCUGCAGCCGGCAGCUCAUCCCGGGUGACGAGUUCGCGCUGCGGGAGGACGGGCUCUUCUGUCGGGCGGACCAUGACGUGGUGGAGCGCGCGAGCCUCGGCGCCGGUGACCCGCUCAGUCCGCUGCAUCCCGCCCGACCGCUGCAGAUGGCAGCAGAACCAAUCUCGGCCCGGCAGCCCGCGCUGCGGCCUCACGUCCACAAACAGCCGGAGAAGACCACCCGGGUGCGGACGGUGCUGAACGAGAAGCAGCUGCACACGCUGCGGACCUGCUACAACGCCAACCCGAGGCCCGACGCCCUGAUGAAGGAGCAGCUGGUGGAGAUGACCGGCCUCAGUCCGCGCGUGAUCCGGGUCUGGUUCCAGAACAAGCGCUGCAAGGACAAGAAGAGGAGUCAGCUGAUGAAGCAGCUACAGCAGCAGCAGACCAGCGACAAGACGAACAUCCAGGGAAUGACGGGCACGCCGAUGGUCGCGGCCAGUCCGGAGCGACACGACGGCGGCAUCCAGGCGAACCCGGUGGAGGUGCAGAGCUACCAGGCGCCGUGGAAGGUUCUCAGCGACUUCGCCCUGCAGAGCGACAUCGACCAGCCGGCCUUCCAACAGCUGGUCAGUUUCUCGGAGGGAGGACCGGGUUCGAACUCGACGGGCAGCGAGGUCGCGUCCAUGUCGUCUCAGCUUCCAGACACGCCGAACAGCAUGGUGUCCAGCCCCAUCGAGGCCUGAGUGUGGGCGGGCUGAAGUGGACACGCACACGCAUACACGCGCGCGCACACACACACAUACACACACACACACAU